GUCGGACAUGAUGGCGGCGUUCCCGCUCCUUCUUCUCCUUGCCUGCGGGAGGGCAUGGCUGGCACAAUGCCGCCCGACGGACGCCGCAAGAAAAAUGGGCGAUGGGAGGUUGAAUGCCACCCAAACGGCCAAGGACGAGGCGGCAGCCGCUAAUAUGACCCUUUUGGAGAUGGCCCCGCAUCAAGUACAGCUGGAUGGCCGGGUAAGAAGACACGGCAGAGAACGAACGGGCUCGACUUCAUGUGUUUCCCUCGAUGUUGCUCAUCUGACUAGGGCAAUGUGAAGAUGGCCAAGCACCGAAUGUUGGACGAGGCAGAUGAUGUUAGGGCGUCCAUGACUGGGCCUAUUGAAGCGAACCAGAGCACAGCGGACUCCGAGCCAGCCGCGCUUUCCUCUGCUGCCCAAGCUGCUCAAGAGGAGCUCGCUCAGGCGCUCAAUUCUGUCGCCCAGGACGACACCACCACCACCAUCACCACCACCAGCGGAGGUGGGGAGGGCUCUCAGCAGAUCGUCUUGGACCUAGGCGAUGCCGUGCGGAAGCAGGGGUCGGCACCACUACCGCAGCCCGUCAGGAGAGCCGCACCACCACCCGCACCACCACCCGAGAAUGAGAGCAGCAAGGAGGUCAAGCUCGACACAGGCGGCCCCGUGUCAUGGUGGGCUAUCGUGCUGGCCACUGCGCUGGUUCUGGUGCUCUACAUGGUGCUCCUGUCGCUACUGAUCGGGUAUGUGAGUGGGGCGACGUUCGGGUUUGGCAAGGGCCAGCGCAAGAGGCGGAUGCGGGAGAAGGAAGACGAGGAGGAUGAGUCCGAGCUGGGCGAGAGAAUCGCACAGCUGGAGAACGGCGGCCUGCACCCAUCCAACAUUCAUCCCCCCCAAUCUUCUCCCCCCCUUCGCCCUGCCCAGCCCCGUGAUUCCCUCCCUCCCCCCUCCCCCGAGUCCCUCAGCACCACCGUCCCUGCCUCGUCAGGCGCGCAGCCAUCGCCGCAGCUGGAGGGCGCCGGUGUGCCCCUCACGCCCAAGACGCCCAAGUGCCGCAAGGUUUCACUCGCAGAGGUGCAGCACCACGAGAGAGACAAGGGCAAGUCGGGGAAGAGCAAGCUCAGAGACGCGGCGACACAGGACGACGGGACGCCAUCGGUCGAUUUGUCGAGGUCGGUUGGGCCGAGUGGGGGUGCCAGCAGCAGCACACCAAGGGGUGCACAUAUCAAAGGGGACACAAGCAGGAGCAGCACGCCACGAGGCGCUCACACCAGGACGCCGAGGCGGAACAAGACCCCCAAAAGCAAGAAGGAGCGAGGUACGUAUGAGCGACAAAAAGGGAGAGCAUGAUUGCGUGGAUGGACUACCUUGAUUGUCCGUGUGUGUGUGUGUGGGCAUCAGGGAGCCGCCGGUGUCACACCCCCUGUUCCCCCGCAGACUCGACCAAGAGUUUUGACUGGACCAAAAUCAACUGGGACGCCAUGGACCCCGACAGCAUCAACGCGACCGCCCCCGAGGACACCACCACCAGCACCAGACCACCCGCCAGUUCCGUCAGCACCACCAUUGCCAGCCACACCACCGGCGCCGCCUACAGCCACAGGGGAGGUUUUGCCGGGGCUGGGGUGGGUGUUGGUGUGGGUGCGGGUUUUGGCGGGACGAGAGAGCUGCCCAAGAACUCCAUCAAGUUCGCCCCCCUGCCGCCCAGGACACCACCCAUUCAACCGCGUGAUCCGCCUCAGCUGUCGUGGAACGACCUAUUUGACCGUGUGACGGAGAGGCGAGAGUGGCUGGCGCCGCCCCCCAUCCCGCCCAGAGUGAGCGAGCCCACACAAAGCAUCGUGCCUUACCGGUGCUUCAGACGGGCGGGCGUAAUUUAGGGAGGGGGAGGGUGGGUGGGGGUGGGAUGGUCGCCUGUGUGCCUGUGUGUAUGCGUGUCCAUGUGUCUGUGUGGUGUGGUGUGUUAUUGGUUUUUCUACAUGUAUGUAUGGCGUGCGCAACAAAGAGGCGCGCCAUCCAUGCAAAUUCAUUCAUCCAUUGAUCAGUCCGUCAGUCGUUGGUCAGUCAGCCAUGUCGGUCAGUCGUCGGUUUGUUCGACCGGCCCUUCCUGCCUUCUAGUACGGCUCUGCCGCCACCAUAUACAGCUAGUGCGCAUAUAAUGAGAUAAUGAGCUGGCGCAGCGAGACCAGUUCCAAUUCAACACAUUGCAUUCAUGUACUAUGUCAUAAUUAAGAGAGACACGACACGGCGACGCAUGAGAGAGAUACGUGCAGUCCGUUGCGUUGCGUUGUAUGCCGUGCCGUGCCGUGUAUUACUAACUACGCGAUCCCUGUCUGUCUGUACAUAUACACAUAUACACAUAUACACAUAUACGUACACGUAUACACAUACUCCCAUACACAUAUAUAUAUAUAUAUAUACGUAUAUACGUAUACAUAUGCACAUGUGUUGUACAUACAAAGCUGCGUACACACACGUGUGUGUUCUCGAGACUGACUUGAUCUGAUCUGCUCUGCUCUGCUCUGCGAACUCCUGACCGGAUGGCUGACUGGCUGACUGGCUUAUAAUUACUUGCACGCUCGAUUGGGGCGUGUGAGAUGAGAUGAGAGGAGAUGAGAGGAGUAUUGAGUAGUAAGGCUCACUGAUGUAUAGUUCUCUUCCCUUGUCUAGUUGCUUCGUACGCCUUCCUUUUGCGUCCUGGCUUCCGUUUGCUGUCUGUCUGUCUGUCUGUCUCUGUCGGUCCUGGAUUGAUCGAAUUUUCUUGCCUAACCUGCCUGCCCCUUGCCUUAUCUCUAUCUGUCAAUCCCACCUAGCGGCCGACUGACUGGCCAGACCUUUGACGCCUCACUCACUCAUCCAUCCAUCCAUCCAUCCAUCGAUCGAUCCAUCCGACAAGUCCACCUGUCACCCCUUAAGCGUUUCCGUUCUCUUCGCCUCUUUGUUUGCUUGCUGCAUGCGAUGGGUGUCUUUGCGUGUGCAUCGUGCGAAGGCGACAGGCAGACAGACAGACAGGCAGACAGGCAGACAAGUGAUGAUUGAUUAUCGAUGAUUGCUCCGACAGAUCGAUGACAACGACGUACAACCGACCGCACCUUUCCCUGACACUGCCAUCCAUCAUCCAUCCAUCCAUUCAUUCAUCCAUGUCUCCCCUCUUAGGUUAAAGGCUUUCUGUCUGGCUUCGCGCCUUUUUUUUGAUCGGUCACUUUUUGUGCACGGUGCGUGGGUGCAUUGCAUGGGAUGGGAUGGAUGGAUGCGGGUGUGUGUGUGUGUGUGUGUGUCUAGAGUACCUUAAUUGAUGUCACUUCGCAGUAGGUGUGUGAGUGUGUGUCCGCUCCCAGCCACCAACCACCAUGGCGCGGGCGAAUUCGCUCGUGCCGGUUGGCUGGUGGGUGGCGCUGUCUGCCCAUGAUGAUGCAUAACAGACAGACACCAAGUAGGGUAUGGCAUGGUUGCUGCCGCUUUGGCAACAGCUUGUUGGGACUUUGUCUUACCCGUCAACCAACCCGUUGAACCACCUUCACUGAUGAAUGAAUGCAGGUCUCAUCAAUGUGUCCCCGGUGUCCACCCCCGCUCCCAUCCCCAUCCCAUGCACAGCCACGCAUCUAUCGGCCCUCCAGCCAGGCAGAAAAUUCGCGCAGACCGUCGAAUGAAACAACACAUCUGAAGUCCGAUUGCCCCACGCUCCCUCCAUCGCACCAGCCUCUCAGGAUUUCACCACACAGGCACGCAGCCAUGAGCAGGUCUACAAGGACAAAAAAGACCAUGGAUUCAGGGUGCACGUCAAGGUCACAGUGUGAUAGGACCAGCCAUCCUCCACCAGACCAUGACAUUAUGAUGACGCGCAGCACUACAAAAGUAGACUGACAUCACACCAAUGGUAGGUGCGUGUACACACAUGUGCAGCCGACAGACAGACAGACAGACACACGGACAGACACUCAGUCAUGUCAUGUCGAGAAAAUUGUGUGUGUCUUGCUUGGCAUGACGUCCCGUCCCGUCCCGUCCCGUCCAACCCCCCACACAUGAGUGAAUGAACGGGAAAAAGAGAGCCGUCACACACACACACACACACGACACAGGCAGGCAGGAAAUGAGGCCGCCCACUUGUGCGUGUGUGCAGAGUGGAUGACGCUCGAGAAGCCAGACCAGGCACAGUCCUCCCACGUAGUCUACAAAUAAAGACCUACAGAUGACAUGACGAGAAAAACAGCAGCCAAGUCGCGCCCUUAGCUAGCUAGGUGGAUGGGAUGAGGCGGGUGGGCAGCGACUCGUACAUGUAAUCAUCCAGGCAUACACAGCCAGCCGU